GCGGCGUGAGAGGCGACUUGUGUUUGUUGUUGUUGUGGAGCCGAGCGGUGAGGGCGAGCGGUGAACGUCGCCUCCACCGCCACCACCGCCGCCGCCUCGGCCGCCUCGGCUCUUCACUCUGCGCGGCAGAAGUCGUGGGGUUGGCGGCGGCGGUGUCGGUGAUGGGGCUCGGGAGGGUGGAGAGAGAGAGAGGGAGAAGCGGCCCACGCGCGUUCUCGGUGGGAGGAAGAGUGGAGCGGGAGGAGGAGCAGGAGGGGGGUGGAGGUGUUGGUGUUGGUGGUGGGUUCCGGCGGAAUCGCUCCGCCGGAACGAAAUAGUUCCUCCGCCGGGUUCCGUUUUGGCACGCACGCGCGCGCGUAAGGACACAGGCGCACGCACGCGGGCGAUACGUCCAGCUAAAGGGUCGUCAAAUCAUCUGUCACAACAAUAGCAGCUGAGGGGCGGUUCGUAAGUGCGGGCGGUCGUCGUCUUGCGCCGCAUCGAGUCGCUGUCCGCGGUACCUCUUCGCUCCCCGUCACCUCCCCGGCUGGCGAGAGGUCGCAUUGACGCGUCCGGGAAGGGUGGAGCGGGUGGCGUUUACGCAACCGAUGGCUUCAAACUUUGAAUUGCCGUUCAUCAAACAAGAAAAUGAAGACAAUCCGUACCCAGGGAUGGGUCCUGUAUUGACGGUGAAAGAUGAAGACUCUCAUGCUGGAGUAGCUGUGAAGCAAGAAGAUGACGGGAGCCUGGAUGACGGAACGCUGAGAAGCGUGCCUCAAACCGCACUGAAGGGAUCUGCUCCAGAGCUGAAGAUUGUUAAAGUUGAAGCCCAUGAGGGUUCAGAGGAGACGGGGAGUCCCUACGGAUAUGUGGCCACCGCAGACCAGAACUUCAUCAAGGUGGAGUUGUCGGAGGAGAAUAUUGGCGAAGCGCUCUAUCCGUUGACCGUCGACAACGAAGAGGCCGGUGCAUGGCGAGGAGACGGAGGGGGACCCCACGGACGUUUGUUGGACACCGGAGACCAGAACUUCAUCGAGGUGAAGUUAUCAGAGGAGGAUAUUUGUGAAGAUCGAGCGGAAGGGACGGAACUCGCGUGCCGGGAGUGCGGAGAGGACGGCCGCUCGGGAGCGCGAACGGACGGAGCGGAACCCGCCGGGGGCAAGGCCUCCCCGCCGGCUCCCAAGCGGCGCGGCAAAGCGCCGGGGGGCACGGCCGUCGACGCCGACCGGAGGAGGCACGCGUGCGAGGAGUGCGGCAGGGCGUUCGCGACGCGUUUCAAACUGCUCACGCACGCGCGCACGCACACGGGCGAGUGGCCGCACGCCUGCGCCGAGUGCGGCAAGGGCUUCGCCCACCGCUCCUUCCUGGAGAGGCACGCGCGCACGCACACGGGCGAGAAGCCGCACGUGUGCGACGAGUGCGGCCGGGGCUUCGCGCAGCGCUCCAACCUGCGGGCGCACUCGGCGACGCACACGGGCGUGUGGCCGCACGCGUGCGCCGAGUGCGGCCGGGGCUUCGCGCAGCGCUCCAGCCUGGAGGCUCACGCGGCGACGCACACGGGCGAGAGGCCGCACGCGUGCGCCGAGUGCGGCAAGGCGUUCGCGCAGCGCUACAACCUGGAGGUGCACGCCAAGAUACACACGGGCGAGAGGCCGUACGUGUGCCGGGAGUGCGGCCGGGGUUUUUCCCACUGCUCCACGCUCAAGAACCACGCGCGCACGCACACGGGCGAGAAGCCGCACGUGUGCGCCGAGUGCGGGAAGCGGUUCUCGCAGCGGUUCACCUUGAACAUGCACGCGAGGACGCACACGGGCGAGAAGCCGCACGUGUGCAAGGAGUGCGGCAAGGCCUACGCGCAGCGUUCCAGCCUGGAGGCGCACUCCCUAACGCACACGGGCGAGAGGCCGCACGUGUGCAAGGAGUGCGGGAAAGGCUUCUCGCAGCGUUUCACCUUGAACAUGCAUUACAGGACGCACACCGGCGAGAAGCCAUACAUGUGCAAGGAGUGUGGGAAGAGGUUUACGACCCGCUACAACUUAGAGACGCACUCCAAAACGCACGUCGGCGGGGCGAGGUGUGCACACGGCAGCUCGGCUCGGCGAAACGCUCCGGGGACGCAACACGGUGAGGUUCCGCACGCUGCCGCGAGGAGCGCGGGUGAAGAAGUUUAACCGAAGUUUACAUUUUGGGAGAAAACUUUCGAUGGCAUACCGGUGAGAAGCUCCUUUAGGUGUACCAGACGUGUACGGGAAGGGCUUCCCGGAUCUCUCUCUAAAAACAGAUGUUCCGUAAAAACUCUGGACUUAAACACAUUUGCAUUUAAAUUUUUUGUCUCCGUUAACCCUCUCCCGUUCCCGAUGACGUACGUGUGUACAUCAUCGAAAACGAAACCGGAGGAAAAACUAAAACAAAGCAACUUUAUCGGUGCACCGUGGCUCCCACCACAAGGCCACGCGGGAGGGUCGGCUAUCGUAGAGUGGCGGCGGUCGUGUCGCUACGGUUCUCUGCGGUGAGCGACGACGUCUUUAUAAAAA